AUGUCCUUCAACUGGCGACGGCCGUUCACUCGCCGGCAAGGCGAUGAUCGUACUAAGAGCGAAUCCCACUAUCGACCCAAUGGGCCCUUCAACGGCGAUGGUGGCACCGUCAGCGAUGGCAGUCUCCAAUACACCGUCGAAAAAGGCGGCAACGACUCUCCGCCUGCCUACCAAGAAGCCACGGGCGCGCCGGUCGAAGUCAACUCUCCGCUGGGAUACUCCGUCGGCCCUUUGUCCAUCAUCAUGCUCAACAUCGGCAAGAUGAUUGGUACAGGCGUGUAUUCGACUCCAUCAAACAUUCUUCGAGGUACCGGAUCCGUGGGUCUGUCCAUGAUCUUCUGGGCUCUCGGCUUCUUGACGUCGGUUGCGAAUCUCUCGGUGUAUCUCGAAUAUGCGGCGUACUUCCCGAAUCGAUCGGGGUCUGAGGUGGUAUACCUGGAACAGGCGUAUCCAAGACCGAGAUGGCUGUUCCCGACGGCGUUUGCGUUUCAGUCGGUGGCGUUGUCGUUUAGUAGCAGUAAUGCUAUCGUCCUUGCACAGUACUUGUUUAGAAUAAACGGCCAUUCUCCAACAGCUUGGGAACUCAAAGGCGUAGCUGUAGCUGGGUAUACGGUCGCCGCUUUGUUCGUCUCCUUCCACACCCGCCUCUCAUACCUCUUCGCCAACGGCAUCGGCAUCAUCAAAGUCCUCACCCUCAUCUUCAUUUCCAUAAUCGGCCUGGUCGUGCUAGGCGGGCAUGUCUCCACCACUCGGAUCCCCGACCCCCGUGUCAAUUUUCGCGAUGCCUUUUCUGGUCAAGCAACGCCCUAUGGCGUCACCAAUGCGCUAUACAAGAUCAUCUUCUCGUACGCUGGGUUCGAAAACGCCUUUAACGUGGUCAACGAGGUGAAGAGCCCCGUGAAGCAGAUCAGAAGGAACGGGUUUGUCGCGCUGCUCAUCGUGGCCGUGCUGUAUAUCCUGGCGAAUGUGGCGUACUUUGCCGCGGUGCCCAAGGAUGAGCUGGUGCAGAGUCAGCAGAUUGCGGCGAGCCUGUUCUUUACCAAGGUGUUUGGGUCGAGUGGUGCGGUGAGGGGGUUGAAUUUCCUGAUUGCCUUGAGCUCAUUUGGGAAUCUGAUUGCUGUGUUGAUUGGGUCGUCGAGGUUGAUUAGGGAGUGUGGAAGGCAAGGCGUGCUUCCAUUCCCACGCUUCUGGGCUUCCACCCGCCCCUUUGGCACUCCGCUUGGACCGUACUUCGUCAAAUGGGCGUUGACUAUCCUCAUGAUUUUGGCACCUCCCGCUGGUGACGCCUUCAACUUCAUCACCGAUCUCCAAGUACUGCCUUCGGCCUUCUUCCAGUUGAUCAUGGGAAUAGGUCUAUACGUCGUCCGCUACCGACGAUCUCGGCUCAACCUUCCCCGCCCGGAGUCCAAAGCCUGGGACCUUGUAGUCGUGUUCAACAUCUUGGUGCAGCUGUACCUGAUCGUCAUGCCGUGGUAUCCGCCCGCGGGAGGAGCGUACGCGGGAGAUGUCAGCUUUUGGUACGGAACCUAUGUGGUCACGGGUAUUGGAAUCUUGAUCGCAUGCGCCAUCUAUUACUACCUCUGGAUCUCCGUGAUCCCGAAGCUGCGGCGCUAUCGCAUUCGUCAGGAGGUUCUGCGACUUGAGGAUGGUGCGCAGAGUCACAGACUUGUCAAGGUGCCGGUUGCCAAGUUGGCUGAUUGGGAUGCCACGCACGAUGCUGUUGGUCGCCCGUUGGAUGGCUCCACGAUUCGUCCACAUCACGGCUCGGCUGGAAGUGACGGCGGUUCGGACGAGAAAAAGCCAACUUCGGCGGAUGAAGUACCGCUAGGAAGAGAUGACCAGGAUGUAGAGAAGUGA